GCUUGCACAAUGGCGAACCAUCUGGUGCCCUGCGCCGCCAUUGUCGCAGCGGUUGUGCUGCUCAUGCCCUGCGCCACCGGUUAUCCAUGGCCCUUUUGCCACGACAGCGACAAUUUCAAGGCCAACAGCUCCUACCAGGCCCAUCUCGACUUCGUCGCCGCCACCCUGCCCAUGAACGCAUCCGCGUCCCCGGACCUCUUCGCUACCGCCGUCGUCGGAACCGUCCCGGAGCAGCUCUGGGCUGUGGGGCUCUGCCGUGGCGACGUCAAUGCCACGGCCUGCUUCAACUGCCUCACCCAGGCCUUCCGAGACCUACAGAACGACUGCUCGUACGACAAGGGCGCGACCAUCUACUACGACCCCUGCAUGCUCCACUACUCAGACAACCAACAGCUCCUCGCCGACGACGAGUCCGAUCUCCCCUACUUCAUCAGCUACAACGGAAACGUCACCUCGGACCAAGCCCGGUUCAACGGACUCGUGGCAGAGCUCGUGAACGCCACCGCCGAGCACGCCGCGUACAACUCCACGCGGCGGUUCGCCACCGGCGAGAGCAGAGCCGGCUUCGAGCCAAAGGUGUACAGUCUAGCGCAGUGCACGCCGGACCUGACGGCUGCGCGGUGCCGGACGUGCCUUGAGGCGAUCAUAUCGCAGUCGCUGGACGGGUUCCAGAACCUCGUCGGAGGUCGGGCGCUCUGGAUCAACUGCACCUACCGGUACGAGACGGCGCCCUUCUUCGACGGACCGGCGAUGGUGCAGAUAGCACCACCGCCGAGCUCUGGAGCGCCAGCGCCAGCGCCCACAGUGGCGCCGUCUAUGCAACCGACUUCUGGGACGCCAGCGGCGGUGGCCGGCGGAGGCGGGAGGAAGUACAGUCGUCUGCCGAGCGUGGUUGUCGCAGCCGUGCUGGCUGCAGUAACGGCCUUGAACCUUGCAGCUUGCCUCUGCUUCUGGAGGCGGCGCCGGCGAACAGCAGAGGAGAAGCAGACAUAUCCCAUGUACUCCACCGUAGCAGAGGACACGGACAUGGUGGACUCCAUGAUGAUGGACGCCUCUAUCCUGCGGGCCGCCACCGGGGAUUUCGACGAGAGCAACAAGCUCGGCGAAGGCGGUUUCGGCGCUGUGUACAAGGGCGUCCUCCCGGACGGCGGCGAGGUAGCCGUGAAGCGGCUAUCGCAGGGCUCGAGUCGGGGAGUCGAGGAGCUGAAGAACGAGCUCGCGCUGGUGGCCAAGCUGAGGCACAAGAACGUCGUCACUCUCGUCGGCAUCUGCUUGGAGCAGCAGGAGCGCCUGCUUGUCUACGAGUUCGUCGCCAACCGGAGCCUAAACCUCAUCAUUUUCGACGCGGAGAAACGCGAGCGGCUGGACUGGAGGCACAGGCACCAGAUCAUCAACGGCAUAGCUCGUGGCUUGCAGUACCUCCACGAAGACUCCCAGCUCAAGGUAGUGCACCGUGACCUCAACCCCAGCAACAUCCUGCUGGACGCAAACAUGGACCCCAAGAUCUCGGGCUUCGGCCUGGCGAGGAUCGUCGGGCGGGACCAGCAGACGCAGGCCGUCGUCUCGCAAGGCGUCGUCGGCACCUAUGGAUACAUGGCGCCGGAGUACGCGCUGCGGGGGAACUACUCCGUCAAAUCCGACGCUUUUAGCUUCGGCGUCACGGUGCUGGAGAUCAUCUCGGGGAGGAAGAACAGCGCGAUCUACAACGGUGGAAAGCCUGACGAUCUCCUCGACACUGUAUGGCAGCACUGGGAGGCUGGGACGGUGGUGGAGACGGUGGACCCGUGCAUGGACGGCGGCUUCCCUGAAGGCGACGUGCUGAGAUGCAUCCACGUAGCGCUCCUGUGCGUGCAGGGAGACCCGGCGGCCCGGCCGGCCAUGUCGUCGGUUGUGAUGAUGCUCGGUGGCGAUACUAUCACUCUCCAAGCACCGUCCAAGCCGAUGAUCUUUGAAUAUUACCAGGAGUCUCCAGAGAAUGAGUAAAUUCAUAUCACCAGUGUACACUGAUGAAAACUUGCAGAUUGGCCGGUUCUCAGCAACUAGAACGUAGACACCUAGGUGGUGGGCUGAAUCUCAAGAUAAAUCUUAUAUUUCUGUGUGCUUGAUUUUCCUUGGUUUAUUCUUAUUUAUCUUUUGAAUUUAUUGCAAGCAUUGACCUUUUUUUUGGGUUGA